GGAAAGUCUUGGGUUCUUGUGGCACCUCCGAAGUAUGCACCAGGCAUUCCCAAUGUUGUACCACUAUAUCAAGUUAUCUUGGAAACGCAACAUCCAGUUGACCCGCAAUAUCCAGCAAAUGAUCCUGUAAAUUAUCUAAAUAGUGAUUCGAAAGAGAAAAGGAAAGAAAAG